UCACAAUGCUUGAAUUUUUUUUAACCUGAAAUUUAAUAGUAUAUGAAAAACAACAAGUGGCAUACGACAGGAAACAAAAAAUCAAGCAAUACUUUGCAACGGGCCAAUGAUACUCUGCCAGGGGCUCCCAAAUUUCAAAACCCAGUUCGUUGUUACUUUUCGUUGGGGGCGAGCUUUAUCCCCUCAUGUUUGUUACGAUCCUCCGCCCCGCAUCCGAUCCCCGCCGUCGAUCCCCGAUCGCGCCGCCAGCGACGGCCGAAAACCCCGGGCCGCCACCUGGCCGCCCCUCCCGCAAGGCUGACACACGCCUGCGACGCAACAGCCUUUUCUGCACCCAGUUUCCGUUCCUUCCCUUCUCCUGCCAUCUGCGCAGCCCACCACCGCCACCACCUCCACCUCCACCUCCCCCAAACCGCCUCCCUCUCGCCGCCUCGCGCAGUAGCUUCUCCCCUGCCCUCCCCUCCGCCGACCCCGUGCCUCGUGAUGCUUUGACGCCGCCGUCGGGAGCUCCGCCCGCUGGUCGAAGCGGAGGGAGGGAGGGAGGCGGCUCAGACGGAAGGGGAGGGAGCAGAGGAGGAGGAGGGGAGGGAGCAGAGGAGGAGGAGGGCAGGGCCGGGAGAGCGGCGGCGGAGGAAGAUGUUCGACGGCCUCAUCAACUCCAAGUUCUACAACCGAUGCAAGCACGCCUUCAAAUGCAUCCGGACGCGGCUAGUCGUCAUACGGCGGAAGAAGCAGGCCAUGAUCGGCUUCCUCAAGAAGGACGUCGCCGACCUCCUCGCCAACGGCCUCGACAUCCAUGCCUUCGGACGGAUGGAUGCGCUGAUAAUGGAGUUGAACCAUGCUUCGUGCUAUGACAUGGUUGAACAGUACUGCGAUUUCCUUGGAAAACAACUCAACAGCCUGCAGAAACAGAGGGAUUGCCCCCAGGAAGCCAUGGAGGCUGUGUCAACUCUAAUUUUUGCUACUGCUCGGUUCCCAGACUUGCCUGAACUGUGCGACUUAAGGCAUAUAUUCACAGAAAGAUAUGGUGGUUCUCUUGAACCUUUUGUUAGCCUGGAGUUUAUCCGGAAACUUGAGUCUGAAUUAUUUACAAAUGAGGAAAAGUUUCAAGUAAUGCAAAGUAUUGCUGAAGAAUCCUCAGUUGGUUUUGACAUGAGGGCAUUGGAAAUCAAGUUAUGGGCUGCACGGGAGUCUGAAGAUGAUCUUCUCGAAAAGGAUUCAAUGAAAAAGGAUGAACCGGCAGUGCCUUUGCCCAUCAAGCAGAAGGAGGAUGGUCGGUUAAAUGAUAAUACUGGAAGGAAGAAUUCUGAUAAAUCUUAUGGUAAGGAACAAUUGGAGAAAUCAGUUUCUCCUUUGGACUUGAAAAGAGAGAACACUCAAAAAGAUGAUAAUACCAGAAGGCGGCAUGCUGACAAAGCUGAUGGUAAGGAACAUUUGGAGAAAUCAGUAUCUCCUCUGCAAACGGAAAGAGAGGAAGCUCAAAAGCGAGUUCAGAAACUGAAGAAAAAAGAUGUCCGCCCUUCCGAGAAGGAACUGAUGGAAGCUGUGGAGCUAGAUAUCAAUGGCCUACCGAAACAAGGAUCUGGUUCGGUGAAAUUUCCUGAGACAGAAAGCAACAGAAUAGUUCCACCAAUUGUGAAGCCAAAAGAAACAAAGAAAGAACGUGGUGUCGAAAAAGAGAAUAACAGGGGGCUUGGCUAUCACCACCGAUCACCCAUACCUGGCCGUCCUGAUUAUACCAGAAUACAUGCAAAUUUAGGGUGCAAAGCUCUUGGCCUGCAGAAUCAAGGACCUACUUCACCGAAUCCUUCAAGUGGUAAAACUACAAACAGGCCCCCUCCUACUUCCAAUCCGAAUGGAGCGAAGGGAAGGAAUUGUGAUGAAAAAGAAGAGGGCAACAGUUGCUUGCGUGACAGACCACAGCACUUGGAAGAUCUCGGACACACUGUGCAAAAUGGACAGCGAGCGCCACACAGGGUGGCUAAUGUGCAGCCUCCUUAUGUCAAACCUAAACUUGGCAUGCAGCCUGUGAACGAUGAUCCUGCAAAACCAAUUGACAGGAACUGCAAUAUGAGUGAAAGGACAGAUCGCUUGGCUGACAAAGGUGUGCUUCGGCCUGUUUCUGUCAGAAGGAGGCCAGCAGCACCUUCUUAUGAUGAGGCACCUAACGGUGAAAAGGCCACAAGCCAAAAGGCUAACUGUCACAGAACACAACCAAGUAAGCACAAGGGUGCUAACGAGGACUAUGACCGGAAGGGCAAUGGUGUUGGUAAUGGCAGGAAUGUUGAGAGAACUCCUAGUGGUCGACCAAGUCACCCAGGCAUGAGAAACGGAGUUCUGUAUGACGAUGACUACGAUGGACCCAUGCAGCGGCCUAAAGCAGGCGAAGAUGAGACUGACAUUGAUUUUGGUAAUAUGUUGCCUCGGACUGCAAAUGGCCAUCAUCGACUCAAUAGCAGGAACAUUGAUGCGCACGGCAGAGAUCCCGAUGAGGAGGAGAGGAUGAUGGACAAACUCCUGAUGCAUUAUAGCAAGAAAGGUUCAGGUACCGAUGAAACCCAAACAGCAACAGUAGAAACCAGCAGAACUGCAAACUAUCAUGGAGCCCAAACGCAAUGUCAGCAAAACGGUUCUUUGAACACUACAGGAAGAGCGGUCUCGCUACCGCAUGAAUCCAUCAGCCCGGGUGAAGCUGCCAAGGUUCCUGCUCGGUCCACCUCACUGAGGUCAGACUGUCCUGGGGUGGUGCGCGUGCACCCAAAGAUGCCGGACUUUGAGGAACUGGCUGCCCGCGUCAUGGCUCUGAGGAAUGCUUGAGGAGGAUGCACAAAAAUUGAAUAUAUUUGGCCUGUGUAUACUUUCAGAAUUGGAGGUUUCUGGCAGUUUCUUCGCCGUGAGUCAGAGCUCACACCCUUUCUGAAUUCUGAGACUGAAGAGAUGAUAUGUGCAUGUGUUUUCGCCUUCUUUUUUCCAACAUUGGUGUAUUUUUCCAGCUUGAGGUUAUCACUGCUGGAGUGGUGUUUCUUGUCUAGAUUGGGCAUU